AUGGUUGCAAAAAUUUUAACUGCACUUCCCGAUAUACAAAAGAUUUAUCUCCUCAUUCGAAGUCGCACCGAUACCACUGGGAAGCACACUUCCGCUCAAGAACGUUUAGAAAAUGAACUUCUCACCUCGGGCGUUUUUGCAUCUCUUCGUCGGAUACACGGCGAAAAUUUUGACGCAUGGGCGCAGCAGAAACUGGUGGCUGUUGAAGGGGAUCUCACUCACGAGCAUCUUGGAUUCAGCGAUGCGGAAUACCAAAGACUCCAGGACGAAGUCCAGGUUUUUAUUAAUAUCGCGGGCCUUGUGGAUUUUGAUCCACCUUUCGAUGAUUCUUUGUGGGGAAAUACCUUUGCUGCUAAACAUGUUGUCAGCUUUGCAAGGGGUUGUCAAGAUGCCGUGUUUCUCCAUGUCUCAACGGCGUAUGUUUGCGGCGACAAGCCUGGACGAGUGCCUGAAGAACUUCCACUCUUCUAUGAGCACUACGCGGCACAGCAUCGCGAAAAGACAGGAAUUGCUAUCCCGGAAACGCUCUCUGAGGAAAUCGAAGGACUGCUUUCUCUGAGUGCGGCUAUUCAUGCUGAAGCCGAAUCACCUGAAAACCCUCGCACACUUUCAGCGGGAAGCGGAGGCGCAGAGAAAAGGGACACGUAA